GGGAGACUGGACGUCAUUAUGAACCCGUCCAACGCCGUUCCACGAUUCCUCUGUCUGGGGGAACACUAAUUCCGUUUCACUUUCAACGCCCUAUUUCUUUUAUUUUUUUCCUCCAUUUCUUUCUUUUCUUUUUUUCUUCUUUUUUUCUAAGGGACGUCUUGAUUCCUGCACAUGAGGCUUCGCGGCGCUCGCACGACGAAGCCAUGGAGACGGUCACACUGCAAGACGUGCUCAUGAAUUCGACAGAUCUCGACAAGAUUUUGUGCAACUUCGGGAUCAAGAAUGUCUCCGAGUGCAAACCUAGACAAGAGGCUGCAGCCGAGCCAAAAGACAUCGACCAGUCAGUGCGGAUAUUCCUCUACAGCCUCAUCUUCCUCCUCAGCUUGCUGGGCAACAGCCUCAUCAUCGUCGUCCUGGUGAGGAACCGGCGCAUGAGGACCGUCACCAACCUGUUCCUGCUGUCUCUGGCCGUCAGCGACCUGAUGGUCUCUCUGGUCUGCAUCCCCUUCACCCUCAUCCCAAACCUCAUGAGGGACUUCAUCUUCGGCACCUGCAUGUGCAAGCUGGUCAUGUACUUCAUGGGUGUCUCGGUGAGCGUCUCAACCUUCAGCCUGGUGGCCAUCUCGCUGGAGCGCUACAGUGCCAUCUGCAACCCGCUGACCUCCAUGACGUGGCAGACCAAGUCGCACGCCGCCAAGGUCAUCUCGGCCACGUGGGCGGCGUCCUUCAUACUGAUGCUGCCUUACCCCAUCUCGAGCACACUGAAGCCCUUCACACGCCUCGACAACAGCACCGGACACAUGUGCCGCCUGGUCUGGUCCAAUGACGUCAUCCAGCAGUCCUGGUACGUGUCCCUACUGCUGCUGCUCUUUCUGAUUCCUGGAAUCGUCAUGAUGACGGCGUACGGACUCAUCACCGUGGAGCUGUACCGCGGCAUCAAGUUUGAGCUGAUCAGUCAGAAAUCCAGCAGAGAGAGGCAGUCCAGCACUGGGAGCAUCAAGCCGGGUGACAGUGACGGCUGUUACCUGCAGCCCUCCAAAAGGAAGAGCCUGACCACGUGGGGCAGUAGCGGUGGCACGGGCCGUGCCGCAAAGCCUGUGCUGACCCGCGUCUGCAGCAGCAACCCGACGGGGAACCUGAUGGCCAAGAAACGCGUGAUCCGCAUGCUCCUGGUUAUUGUCUUCCUCUUUUUCCUCUGUUGGACUCCUGUAUUCGUGGUAAACGCAUGGCAGGCUUUUGACCGCCGCUCUGCCUACCGCCUGACGGGGGCGCCCAUCUCCUUUAUCCACCUGCUGUCCUACACCUCGGCCUGCGUCAACCCCAUCAUCUACUGCUUCAUGAACAGGCGCUUCCGUCAGGGCAUGCUGGCCACGUUCAGCUGCUGCAGCUGCCUGAGGGAAGGCCGAGCAGAUGCAGGCGCCGGCGCCGGCUUGGGGAGGUUAGCCGGAAGUGGGACGGCCAGAGGCGGAGGAACAGGGACAGUCAGAGGGAGGAUGAGUGCUGAGGAGAAUGGCUACGUUCCUUCAAGCGGCGCUGCCAUACCCGUAUCCUACAGCAGUGUCCAUACCUAGACUCGGAUCAAGCUAACGUGGAAUGGAUGGAGAAAAUUGCAACGACCAUCGUAAAGACUUAAGGAGGAUCUGUGGUGUGCUUUGCGAUCCUGAUUUUAUGUAAGGCCCUUAAAGCGCUAUACGCAACUGGUGAAUGGCCAAAUUGCUGCCUUAGCCUGGAGUGUGACAUGAUAUCCUCUGUGCUGCAGAGGUGGUGUACAUUCAGUAAUUUUACAGACCACCAACCUUCAACAGAUCAGCACAGUCAUGUUUUAUGCAGCCUCUCUUUUGCUUUCCUAGAGUUUAUGGCAUCUAUUUCCGUCCAGUCCUCCCAAGCGACCAGACUGAAACUGACAAAGGUCAAAAGACCACAUGGAGCCUUGUCGGAUCUCAAGUCUGAUUUAGUGUAAAUUGUUUAUGAAGCAGAAUAGCUGUAAAUUCUUCACCCGCUCUUGCAAGACACGUUCCAGUUAAUCUACUAUGUACUCUCUGCGCACAAAAACUGAAAUUGCACUUAUAAGUGUGUAUGCUAACCUGAGUCAAAAUAGCACGUGCUGAUAAUCCAGCAGUUGUUUUAAUCUAUAUUAAGGAGCAGGUGAGGUGGCUGUUGCCACACUGGACACUACGGCAGGGGAGAUGUUCAGACGAUGUGAAGAAUGAUAGUCUUUAUUUAAAGACUGGUAACUUGGUUGGAUUGUUUUAUGUGAAGGGAUCACAGCAUCUGCACGGCACUUUCACUUGGCACUGCAAAAAAAAAAAAAAAAAAAAGAUUAAAAAACAAAGUGCUAAAGAUGCCUCGUAAAACCUACCCCACCAAAUCAACCAAACCUCUUUCAAGAGUCCACGGCAGAUAUUAUACUCACAGGUGUAA